AAUUAAUGCUGACAUAAAUGCUACCCCAAAUCUUUCAUUCUUGACUUGAUCCCAGCAAAUUUCACUUCAUCCUUUGACUGCUUCUUAAUACAAACGUCUUUCAUGGCGACAGAUCUCUCACUUCUCCUUAUCUUGGUGUUUACGUGUUGUUUCUCGAACUCUUUUACAGAAAGCCGGAAGGAACUGCGAACCCAAGAGGCGAACCAAGAGAAUGUUAUACAAUUAGGCCGUUCACUUCCUCCUAACACAAUUGAUCCAUCACGAGUUACUGAACUCUCUUGGCAACCAAGGGUAUUCUUGUACAAAGGCUUCCUAUCUGAUGAAGAGUGUGACCACCUCAUAUCUUUGGGAAAUGAUAACCAAGAGAAACCGAGUGGCAACAAUUCAACCAAGGCUGUAGAACGGACUACAAAUUUUGAUCUCUCUUUAGCAAUUGGAGAUGAAAUAACUGCGAGGAUUGAGGAAAGGAUUUCGGCUUGGACUUUUCUUCCCAAAGGAAAUGGCAUGCCGUUUCAAGUUCUUCAUUAUGGUCCCGAAAAGAUUAAAGAGAACCACAACUAUUUAGGCAACACAUUCAUGCGGCUAAAUGGCGAAAGCGUAAUUGCAACAAUUGUGAUGUAUCUUUCAAAUGUCACCCAAGGUGGUCAAAUCCUUUUUCCGGGAGCAGAGUCGAGAAGCUUAGGAUUGAAGAGGAAAAUAUGGUCUGAUUGUAGAAAGAGCAGCGAGACAACGAAACCUAUCAAAGGCAAUGCAAUUUUGUUCUUUAAUCUCCAUCCGAAUGCUAGUUUAGACCCAAGUAGUUUACACGCCAGGUGUGCAAUAGUCGAGGGCGAUAUGUGGUGGGCCACAAAGAUUUUUGUGGUGAAAUCUGUUGCCGGAGCAAAUUCCGUAUCAGAAACCAGUGGCGAUGACGGUCUAUGCACGGACGAGGAUGACAACUGCCCACGAUGGGCUGCCGUUGGGGAGUGCGAUCGAAAUCCAAUAUUCAUGGUAGGUUCUGCUGAUUAUUAUGGAACAUGUAGGAAGAGUUGUAAUGUAUGCUGAUUUUAAGCUGUGAAACCAAUUUUUUUGCUUUAAUUUAAGACCAUGCAUUCAUGUCGGGUUUGCAAACUGGGGGUCUUUUCGGAAUACAACUUUUGGGGAGAAAGUUAGAUC